GCCAAGCCGUUGUCUGGGUGGCGCGGUCGAGUCAUAGGUAGGCCUCGCCGCUUCGAGCUCUCAUCCCUUCCCCCCCGCCACGGCGCGGGGGGUCGACCAGUCAAGUGGGGUCGGAGGCGACUGAAACCUUUCCCUCUUCUUCGUUUCGGCCAGUACCCCAGCUACGCGCGCUGGGGGCCUCCAGGCCCAGACUGAGGGGCCGGGGCCUACAUCGACCCGCCGCUGGGCCUCAUGAGGCAUAGCCUGACGAAGCUGCUGGCAGCCUCAGGCAGCGACUCCCCGACCCGCACCCAGAGCCCGGCGCCGGCCGCGACCUGUUCGCUGUCUCCGGACCUGAUCCCGGCUGCGGCUGGGCAGAAGGAGACGGCCGGAUCGCCCGGCCGCAAGAAGCCGCACGGCGACGUGGGCGAGUUGGAGACCGGGGGGGGGAGCCGCGGCGGCGUGGCCGUGCGCGCGCCCUCGCCCGAGGAGAUGGAGGAGGAGGCAAUUGCCAGCGUCCACGGGGAAGAGACCGAAGACCUGGACUUUUUGUCCGGGCUGGAACUGGCGGAUCUGCUGGACCCCCGGCAACCGGACUGGCACCUGGAGCCCGGGCUUAGCUCGCCUGGGCCUUUUUCCUCGUCAGGGGGAGGCUCGGAUAGCGGCGGGCUGUGGAGAGGGGACGACGACGACGAGGCUGCGGCUGCUGAGAUGCAGCGCUUUUCUGACUUGCUGCAGAGGCUCUUAAAUGGUAUCGGAGGCUGCAGCAGCAGCAGUGACAAUGGCAACGGAGAAAAGAGGCGGAGAAAGUCCCCGGGAGGAAGCGGCGGUGGCAGCAGCGGCAACGACAACAACCAGGCGGCGACAAAGAGUCCCCGGAAGGCGGCGGCGGCCGCUGCCCGUCUUAAUCGGCUGAAGAAGAAGGAGUACGUGAUGGGGUUGGAGAGUCGAGUCCGGGGUCUGGCAGCCGAGAACCAGGAGCUGCGGGCCGAGAAUCGGGAGCUGGGCAAACGCGUACAGGCGCUGCAGGAGGAGAGUCGGUACCUACGCGCAGUUUUAGCCAACGAGACCGGACUGGCUCGCUUGCUGAGCCGGCUUAGCGGCGUGGGACUGCGGCUGACCACCUCGCUCUUCAGAGACUCGCCCGCCGGUGACCACGACUACGCGCUGCCGGUGGGAAAGCAGCAGCAGGACCUGCUAGAAGAGGACGACUCAGCGGGAGGAGUGUGUCUGCAUGUGGACAAGGAUAAGGUGUCGGUGGAGUUCUGCUCGGCAUGCGCCCGGAAGGCGUCGUCUUCUCUUAAAAUGUAGGGUCAAGUAAUCUGCUCUUUAUCCGCGUUUACCCCUUUCAACUCCCUUACACCAUGUAAAACACCUUAGUGGGACAUCUUCACUGGACACAUUUCAGAGAAGGAAAAAAGUAAUAUUGAAUCGUUAAGUGUUUAGCUAAAAGCAUGAAUGUGACACAGUAACCAACUCCUAAUGAUAACAUGUGACUAUUAAAUCUCUCUGACAGUUUCUUUUUUAGGUGAUUUCCUUCCUGCCAGGCUCCGUUGUAGGGGUUACAGAACAGUCGUUCCCGCCUCACAACCUGACUUGCCUGUACCUAGCUCUUCUGUCCCCAGUGUGGACAUGGCCUUGGACGACAUCGGUUCCAACUGUACACUGAAACCUGCUUAUAGAGAUACAGUUUGGAGACAGUGAAACAGGUGAAGUUGAAUGGAAGUUCCGAGUUGUACAACGUGCAAAUUGGAAUUCCAGUUUUAGAGCAACUUUUCAGAGGUUGACAAGUAUUUGGGGCAUGCACAAAUAUGAUAGUUACUUUGCUGGUGAUGACAUACCUUAAAUAUUCGAGAAUGCCUACUAGUUUUCAGUAGAAGAUAUAGAAAUACAAUUUAUUCAGAGUGACAGAUUUUAAUAUCUCACCAUUAGAAAAGUUGGAAGUUAACAUGCAUAUCAGACUCCUGUGUUUUAGUUAAUUGGAGGAAGAAUAAGAAUGGUUAAUGAAUGUUCCUUUGAGGUCCAGCACAGUGAUUACCCCCAAUCACUGAGUAUGAAAAAAUUGUUGAACACUUUUAUUUUUGUUGUAUUAAAAUUUUAGGCUAAAUUUAUGUAUGUAUGAUUAGAUAUUGAAGGUUGUGAAAUGUGAAUGAAAACGUGUAAAGUGAGGCUUCACAAAGAAUCUUAUUCUCUGUAUUUCAAAGGUAUUUAUCCUAUUUAAAAAUAAUUUUUAAAAUUGAGUGGUUCUGGCCACUUCAGUGACCUGAUUGACACUAUUUUUCCAAAGAUGGAUGUAUUCUUCUUUUGAAGUACUCUAUUUAAUCUGUUGUCCAGUUAUGUAAAUUGAGUUACAGUGUCCUUUGGUGUAAGAGGCAUUAAGAAAUUCUUUGUGAAACAUCACUGUUUGAUAAAGUAUAUACGUAUUUAGCAUCCUUGUUUUUCUUUGUGCUAAAGUGGAUACAGCUGUUGGGGCAGAAGAGACGGGACCAGCUGCUGGCCACAUUUCCUGCUUUAUUUUAAAAGGUAGUAUAAGAAAUGAGGAAAAAGAGGUAAUAUCAGGGCUUCUGCUGUCUUUUAUUUUUAAAAUGUUCAUAAUUAAAAAGUAUUUUCCAGCAGUCCAAAGAUGUAAGUUAUCUUACACAGAAAAUGUUUUUAUUUUGUUGUUAUCUGGUAUGAAAAUGGACCUUGUUCGUGAACAACUGUAAAUGUUUUGUUGCUAGAUAAUACGAUUUGAGACCUAAAUUGGUCUUUGGUUUCCAGUGCAUCACAGCAUAUUUUGUAAAAUCAUCUACUGCACUUGAGCAUGAAUGGGUAAUAGCCAAACUCACAACUUGGAGUGAUGAACCUGCUUAUACCUAAGGGCAGGAGCAAGCCCCUCACAAUGCAGCUGCAUGGAUUUUUAGUGCCUACUGAAUUAUAUAUAUAUUAUAUAUAUAAAAACCAAAAGUAGUUGGAAAGAUUAUUUGAAAUGACUAAUUUGUGCUAUCUUUAUGAAAUAUGUUAAAUGUAGCUUUUUGAAACAGAAGCCUUGAAUUGAAAUUUAACUAAUACUUGAACAUUUUGUAUAUAUUUCUUUGUAUAUAAUUUUGUGCAGUACCAAUGAUAAAAAUAUGGUGUCGUAAUAAAACCAGGUUUGUUGAUCUUUCAGUUAUGGGCUCAAAGAAUUUAUUCAUCUCUAACAUGACAUUGAAAAAUAAUGGAUGAAAAUAGGAAAAAUGAUUGUUGUUAAUGCUGACUGUGGGUCUUAAAAGGUUCUGGAAGCAGUAAGUUUGUUUUUCUAAAAAUUACACCAUUCCCUUGGAAUAUUUUCUUCCUUACGUCAGUGCUUUUCCUGCAUUUGAAGUUUGGGACUGGGAGAAAGUAAUCAAAGCUUUCUGAAUUGGAUGCUUUGAAAUUCCAAGUGUAGAUUUUUAGAAUGUCAUUUUAUAAAUGGCAGUUUCUGGAAUUACUUGAUUAAGAACUUUUGAAAAUGGAAAGUUUAGUAGGGCUAUUUUUGAAGCUGCUUUGUUAGUUCCUUAUGUUUUAUUGAUUGUCCUUUCUUAGUUUCCAUUUCAUUAUUUUUUUUCUAGUUUUGGUGACUUAGUGAUUUUUGUCAUUUUUUACAUCAACUUCAUGGUCUUGUUUUUACAUGGUAAUUGCAUGUAUUUAGGACCUAACAGGGACUUUAAAUAAAUUUGGUCAUAUUUAUGUGUAAGCACAUUUUACUGUAAAUGUUUGGGUUUCUGAAUUUAAACAAAUCUGUUUAUUUCAGUAUGUAGUAAACAAAAUCUUAAAGUGUCCAAUUCACUACUUGUUAAUUAAAAAAGCUAUGAUUAAUAUGAAA